ACUGUGGUUAUGUACAUGUAACAUCACACUCAGAUAGAGAGAGAGUUUAUAAGAUUGAAGAUCAAUCUUUCACAGCUAAAUCUUGAGAAAGACCUUCAUAUAAUGGGGCGUUGGGUCAGACCAGAGGUUUAUCCUCUAAUGGCUGCGAUGACCUUUGUUUCGGGUAUGUGUAUUUUCUCACUAACAAGGCACGUACUCAGAGACCCUGAUGUCAGAAUCAACAAAGCUAAUCGUGGCACAGCUAUACUUGAGAACGAAGAGGAAGGGGAGAAAUAUGCCCAACAUGGCCUCCGCAAGUUUCUCCGUACCCGCCCGCCUGAGGUCAUGCCUGCCAUCAACCGCUUCUUCUCCGACACUAGUCAUCAUGAAUAGAUCAAUGAAUUUGAAAUGAACAAUAAACAACCGAUCAUCCAGUUUCGAUCGGUUUAUUUCGUUUGUGUGUGCUGUAUUUUGAGUUCUUUAUAUAUGUAAUUAGUCAUAUAUAAGCCCUUAUUCAUUAAA